AUGAUACCUCUGAAACUGCAACAAUUUGUGUUGGACUUUAGAAACUGGCCUUUCAUCUAUAUCCAUAUCAUUGGUGGAACGCCCGCUAGCGCCGGUGAAUUUCCGUUCAUGGCUUAUCUUGAUUUGGAUGGAGUUUACUGUGGUGGGACUUUGAUUGCAGAAUACGUUGUCGUGACAGCGGCUCAUUGUCUUGGCAGUUCCAACGAUUCCGCUCCCUCUUACCUUGUCUUUCUAAACACGUUGUCAUCGGACGGUGGCGGAGAUGGCUCAAUGGUUCGGGGCGUAUCGUUCUUUGUGAGGCAUGAAGAUUACGGUGGCAUCGUAAGCGUUUCCAAAAAACCAACAACUGAGAAACCGACUACGAAAAAACCGACAACCAAAAAGCCAACGACGAAACCAACAACAACAAAGCCGAAAACUACCAAGAAAUCAACGGUGAAGACAACAACAAAACCUAAGACCACCAAGAAACCAGUCAUGCGAGCUUUCCCUGGCUACGCCAACGCGGCGGCCGUCGUUAAUCUGCCGUUGAAAUCUAAGGAUGACAGUGGCGGUCCCCUCUUGGUCGACGGUGUUCUAGCCGGGAUCACCUCCUAUGGCAGAGGUUGUGCUGAUCCCAACUAUGCCGGUGUUUAUACACGAGUCAGCAAUUACGUUGGCUGGAUUGCAAAACACCAAGCGAAACAUCUUGGCUCAAUGUCCUAA